CUUGGCUUGAUCCCCUUCUCUCCAUUUCUACUCCUUGGAAACUUUGACUCACCUCCAUCCAACAAUGGUUGACUGUGGUCCAUCCUGUGCUGUCCCAUCCUGGGCUUCCACCCCCACUGUUGGGUUCGGCUCAGCAGGAGGUCUUGGCUAUGGUGGUCUCGGCUACGGUUUUGGAGGACUCGGCUCUGGAUUUGGAGGAUUCGGCCAAGGAUAUGGUGGUCUCGGUUAUGGAUAUGGAGGUGCUGAAAGAGCAGCCAACCUUGGAGUCCUGUCAGGAGUAGCCCCAUCAUGCAUCAACCAGAUCCCACCAGCAGAGGUCGUGAUCCAGCCACCUGCCUGUGUCGUAACCAUCCCAGGGCCCAUCCUCUCUGCCAGCUGUGAGCCUGUGGCUGUUGGAGGCAACACUCCAUGUGCCGUUGGUGGUUCUGGGCUAGUAGGAGGCUAUGGCUAUGGGUCAGGUCUCCUUGGAAGCAAUUUCGGUGGCUUCCUUGGAGGUUCCAAUUUUGGUCUGAGGAGGGGUGGGCUCUUUGGAAGGAAAACCCUGCUGGGACGUCGUGGUAGUGUGUGCGUUUAAGCCUACUGAACUUGUUAAGAAAAAAUCUGUCUGAUGAUUAUAGCAAUGACCCUGAAUGGGUGAAGAUGAUGCAAAUCUAUUAUUAUUCAGU